ACUUUGCCUCUGGAGAGAGAGAGAGAGAGAGAGAGAGAGAGAGAGAGACUGGUGCCUCUGUACAAAAGGGAUCAAGGGAAUGUGACUUGGCAAGUGCCAGAGCAUAGGGGUCUAUUGAAGAAGAAGACAAACGAGGACCAAGCUGAAAUAGCAAGAGAACACUAAUAAAGAGUCCCCAAACAUAGACGUUUUAUUGUGGUGAGAGGGAAAAGGACAGAGGGGAAAGAAAGACAGAGAGAGAGAGAGAGAGAGAGAGAGAGAGAGAGGCGUGCUGCUACCCCGGGCUGUCUGAUUUACUUUCAGUUAUUUGUGGAGGGUAGAAGAUCUGCUAAAGAUUUUCCUCCAAAGGAUCAAGUGCUGUUCUGGUUCUUCAUCCCUACACCAAUUCACCUGGUCCGAAGAGAAGAGCUGCUAAGCCAUGAAAAGACCUCACGAUUACAGCUCUCCAGAUUCAGAUGCAGAUGAGCUGAUCGACGUUGGGCAGGAGGACAGUUACUGCUCUGUCACUGGGUCCAUGUCUCCCGGCAGUACUUCACAGAUCCUAGCCCGCAAGAAGAGAAGAGGGAUAAUUGAGAAGCGGCGCAGAGACAGGAUCAACCAUAGUCUGUCAGAGCUGAGGAGACUCGUGCCCAGUGCCUUUGAGAAACAGGGUUCGUCUAAACUUGAGAAGGCUGAAAUUCUUCAAAUGACAGUGGAUCAUCUCAAACUGUUGCAUGCCAUGGGUUCAAAAGGUUAUUUUGAUGCUCGUGCACUGGCAGUAGACUACAGAACGUUGGGAUUUCGUGAGUGUGUUGGCGAGGUGGUGAGGUACCUCAGCUCUCUGGAGGGUGCAGAUUCUCCAGAUCCUAUUGGUGCCCGCUUGGUGUCCCACCUGAGUCAAUGUGCCAGUGAGCUUGACCCUCUGCAUCAGAGCCCAGCCACCCUGGCCUUUCCUCCUUGGCCUUGGGGCUCCUUCCCUCAUCUCAGUGCCUCCUCUAGCCCAGCCUCCUCUUCCCCCUUUCCUCCUACCAACCGCCGAGACAUGGCCCCUCAUGCUGCUGCGACUCUCCUGGCGUACCCCUCGCCAACCCUGUGUGUAGCACCGCUGGGAAACCAGGGGGCACUACUGAGCCCUGCAUUAUCUCCAGUGCAUAGGAUGUCCUCUGUUUCAUCACACCCUCAUAGACUGGCACAGCCUUCCCCAGAUAGGUCAACUGUUCCCUCACCUCUGCAUUCUGUCCCACCCCGUUCUCAUAACUCCUCCUCUCCUUCCUCUAAUUCCUCUUCAUCUUCCGCCUCCUCUUCAUCAGCUGGUCAUCAUCAGGUUUCCUUCAGACCCUUCGUUGCUCUGAGGUCUCCAGCCCCACUGAUCAGGGUCAGCAAGUCAGCGCACACUUGGGGAACAGAGAUCGGGGCCUUCUGAUUCAUCUAAUUUAGUGGACUUUUCACAAAUAUGCAACUCAUACCUUGUUAGGACAAGAGAGCUAUGAUAUCACGAGUAAUAUCCAUUUUGGUUAUAGCCAUUACAAAAUGUUAAGAAUGUAUCCUCUUAACACUCCCUGUGUUGUUACCUAAAAAUUAAAGAACCCAAAUAGUAGCAAUCGAACAAUGCAAAUAGUGAUACAGCCACAUUAAAAAGCAAUUAUAGUUAUUAUUUAAAUGAAAAGACAAGUUUUAACUCCAUUAUUUAGUAUCAUAUUCUGGAUUUCUGGAUGACUGGUGAGAAGGGACUGGUGAAAAAAUGUGCUUUUCUCAAUAUAAACACAAAACAAUAUAAACACAAAUCCCAUCAUCUCUACUGAUGUAUUUCUCUGUUCGUUUGCUUAUUUGUUUCCUCAGUCAUUUAAAUAUCUUUACUCAGAUUCUCAUCUAUGUUAUCCAUUUAACAUGAAAUUGCUUGAGGAGAUUUCAUAAAGACAUAAGUGCCUUUUCAAAUCAGUGUGUUACAUUAUUUUUUCUCUGGGUAAGCAUGUCAACCAAUUCCCAACCAUUAGGUGGCAGCAAAGUAAUAGUUCAUGUAAAUGAACUACAUGACAUCAGUCAGCUUGUAGUCAGCAAAUGCUGGAGAAGGAGUUGAGUUACUGCGUAUGUCAGCAUUAGUUCAAUGUGUUUCUGGCAUUAAGCAUUACUCCGAGCUUGAUGUGGCUUUGGGUUGGAUUACUUGCACACCAGAAACCAUCCUUCGGGGUGCAAUAUAAUCAAUGUGCCACUUUAUGCUUUCCCAAGCCCUCUCAGAGAGGAUGAUGGGAAUGGUAGAGGGAGGAAGUGAAACGUGGUGGCGGUUGGCUGACACCACGAGUCAUCUGGUCAGUGCUGCAUCGCAUAUCACAUCCUCUGCUUAUUGCUCAAGAGUCUCUACACUGUAAUUUGGAUGAGUCUUUGCUGUCUCUCAAAAUUAUACAUCAAACUUUAUGCAUGCACAAAGACAAAGUAUAAAAGUGCCAAGUACUUGAGCCCAAGCUACUAAUGACACAUUACUAACUUUAUCAAUAAUGAUUACAGAAAGCUUUCUAUAAACGUAGUCAUACACAGUCAGAAAAAAAAGAUACGCUUUGCUGUGACCAGGAUAAAGAGGUUAUUGGAGAUCAGUGAAUUAAUGCUGAAAUCUGGCAACCCUUCCCAUGCAGUUCUGCCACUCUCUGACCUCCCCAUUAAAGUAAAAACCUUGCACUCUCACAAAAUACUUUUUGUUUUCAUCCUACUGGAUUUCAAUGCACACACAUAUUCUGGAGCUUUCUUCAGAUCUGUAUUUGUAUUCAACACUGUAUUCAUAUUGUAGAAUGCAUUACCUGUUCAAUGUGAAUCAUUUUUGUGUUAGUUUACAUCCCUAGUCCAGAGAUGCAGAUAUUGGAACACACAGAAUGCAUCAUAAUGGCCUAGUGGAUCUAGGCUCAAGUUGGGAGUCAGAGAUGAUCCAAGUGUGACAGACAGCCUAGGAAGGCUGUACACUAUAUUGUUGGUGGACAGGAAUGAUGAUGCAUGAUGCCCAGAGCAAAAGGCCAAAAAGAGAACUAGUAGUCUCUCUCAAAGUACCAGCAAUAUCUGGGAGCAAGUUGGAGGGUUAAAAGGUUCUAGACUGGUCAUAGUAGUCAACCUCAAAGUGGCGAUGGCCCAUGUGUCCAGGAGAGAAUUGUUGGCAAGACACAACCAUCAAAGAGGAGACAGAUCUCAAAACAGUCUGUACCUCAGUGCUGGAACUAGGUGGACAACAUCGUGCAGUAUAGUAAAUCAGUUUAAAUUAAAUAUUAAAUCAGUUUAAGGUUCAUCAGAUCCAUAUGCAAAUUAAGUUCAAAAGCCACAACCCCACCAUUAGUACAGCACUGCUACAAUAUUAUAUGACUAUAUUAAUUUUACAUUUGUUACUAAACAUAUGUGAAGGAAAUAGAAAAAACAUAUUAAUUCGUGUGCAGCACUGCAGCAACCUCAUGGUCAUCUUCUGGUUAUCAUGCACAAGGAUCCAAUCAGUUCAAGUAAACAUUACUUUUCUUGUUUUGUGAGCACUUAUUAAUUGUAUUGAAAUAAUUGUAACUUUACCCCAGUAAGUGUAGUAAAAUGUGUAUCUAUGGGUUUUUAUCAACAAACAGUACUCCUUACAUGACCAAAUUUAGUACAGAACUUACCGAACAGUAAUUGUAAUCAUUAACUUUGCGUAAAAUUCAGACUUAUUUUUGCUGA